AUGGAAGAAGAUCGAGAGCAAGGGUAUGAAUCGGAGCAAGCCCAGAUUCCGACUCCUGCACCGUAUGAGAAUGAGUUGAUAUCAGAUUCAGGCCUGUAUGAAUACCUUGGAACCAGGAUACUGAUGAAUGACUUAGCCGAUGGACGUGUUCAUAUUAACCUCGACUCAACGGUCGCAAGAGCUAUCGCAGAGAGCAUCAAUUAUCAGCAAGAGAACCGUCGUGAAUCCAGCGAUUAUAACGCGAGAGUUGCGCGGUCGCUACCAUUCGACUUAAAGCUUAAUAUUGUCAUCCAGAUUGUGGGAAGUCGCGGAGAUGUGCAGCCAUUUGUCGCGCUGGGAUGCGCGCUGCAGAGACAUGGACAUCGGAUUCGUAUCGCAACUCACGGUGUCUUUGCCGAUUUUAUUCACAGUUCAGGCCUGGAAUUCUUCCCAAUCGGUGGAAAUCCAGCAGACCUGAUGGCAUACAUGGUCAAGAACCCUGGUCUUCUUCCUCAAAUGCAGACCUUACGUGAAGGUGAAAUUUGCAAAAAGAAAAUCAUGAUUGGAGAAAUGCUGGAAGGAUGUUGGAGAUCCUGUAUUGAGAAUGAUCCAUACACUCAGGAACCAUUCGUGGCGGAUGCUAUCAUCGCAAAUCCACCCAGCUUUGCCCAUGUUCAUUGUGCUCAGGCCCUGAGUAUUCCUGUUCACUUGAUGUUCACGAUGCCCUGGAGCAGUACCAAGUCUUUCCCACAUCCCCUGUCGAGCCUGACUGCAGACCCAGAGCAUAAAGGGCUGGAUUGUUGGGUAUCUUAUGGAGUUGUGGAAUGGCUGACAUGGCAAGGAUUAGCAGAUGUCAUCAACAAAUGGCGGGCUUCAAUAGAUCUCGGUCCGAUCCCAACAACAGAAGGCCCAGGUCUACAUGAAGGGCUUAAGAUCCCCUUCACUUACUGUUGGUCACCUGCUCUGGUACCAAAGCCACGAGACUGGCCAGCUUAUGUUGAUGUGUGUGGGUUCUUCUUCCGAGAUCCCCCAGAAUAUGACCCAUCCCCGGAGCUACAGGAAUUUCUGCUGUUAGGAAGUCCACCAGUAUACAUUGGCUUCGGCAGUAUCGUUGUUGAUGACCCUCAAAAGCUUAUAGGCACUGUUCUGGAAGCAGUCAGAGCCAGUGGCGCGCGAGCUGUCAUUUCCAAAGGCUGGAGCAAUAUGGAUGGAGGACAAGACGAAAACAUUUUCUAUAUCGGUGAUUGUCCGCAUGAAUGGCUCUUCCAGCAUGUAGCUGCCGUGGUGCAUCACGGUGGAGCCGGUACCACGGCAUGUGGUUUGAUAAACGGAAAGCCGACAGCUAUCGUACCGUUCUUUGGAGAUCAGCCAUUCUGGGGUGAUAUGGUGGCAAAUGCCGGUGCAGGCCCAAGGCCCAUUCCUCAUGAGUCUCUGACCGUUCACAAUCUUGCAAAAGCCAUCAAAUUCUGUCUGACCCCGGAAGCCACAACCGCUGCUCAGGCUCUCGCCGCUAAGAUGCAAGCGGAGCGUGGUGUCGAUGAAGCUGUCAAAUCAUUUCAUCGCAAUCUCCCCCUCGACCGAAUGCGUUGCAUGAUAAUCCCAGAUCAAGUUGCGGUUUGGAAAUACCAAAAGGGCAAGAGGAGCUUGAAUUUGUCCAAACUGGCUGUGCAAACAUUAAUCGAGUACUCGAGGAUAGAAACUGAGAGUCUGGAUUGUCAUGAUAUAAACCCAAUCACCAUCGAAAAUCGACGCUGGGAUCCAUUAACGGGUGUCAUAUCCGCAGGCAUAUCUACAGGAACUCGAAUGCUGAAAACAAGCACCGGCAUGAUUUACGAACCUUUCAAAGAACUUACCCGUGCUAAAUCAUCGCCUGCAUCUGAACAAAAACGAUCCGCAUCUGUAUCAACCGACAAUAUCUCAUCACUACGUUCUCGAUCUACAACAACUCAGCCAAACAGCGAUCGUGCUAGAAGUCCCAGAAGUCCAUUCACAACAGCGGGAGACAUGGCAGGCGCGUCACUAGAUAGUUUUGGAAAAUUUACAGCAGGCUAUUUCAAGGGUGUUCUAGUCGAUAUCCCCACCGCAGCAGCCGAUGGCUUCCGACAUGUAUCACAGGUAUACGGCGAUAAGCCCAAAGACUACGGUACCGUCACAGAUUGGAGAUCUGGUGCCAAGGUGGGCGGUAAGAAUUUUGUCGGUGGGCUGAAAGAAGGCAUCACAGGUCUUGUUAGGCAUCCCUGGAAAGGAUAUCAAGAGGGUGGUCGAGAGGGCGCGUGGAAGGGACUAGCAAAGGGUGCUAUUGGGCUCGCCACGAAAGGGCCAUCUGCUGGAAUCGGGCUGUGGGCCUAUCCUUCUCAAGGUGUUGCCAGGAGUAUUGAAGCGAAAUUCCGGGCAAAGACUCGCAAGGCGAUUGUCGUUGCUCGACUGAUGGAUGGCUAUGGUCAGACUAUCGAGAUGCAAGUGUCAGAGGAGAUGAAAGAGGAAAUAGUUCGAGAAUUCGAUAGGCUCAUGGGACUAAACUGA